UUCAGGGUUUUAAUUGACAUUGAUUAUUUAUCACAUAAUUGAUCAGCUGAGAGAUGACGGUGUUUCAGCGCUGUCAGUGGGAGGGACUGUGAAGUUGACUAACUUGAGCACAUACAGCAGAAAGAGGAAAUGACCAAACCCAAUAGAACUGGAGGCAGAGACAUCGAGAAAUUACACAGAUGUGCAUUUUUUCAUAUUUUCAUUUCUACAAAAGUCUCUUAGUAGUGGACUGGAGUUCGGAGUUCAGUUCAGAAUGAACAUCCUCCUCAUCAUCAUCAUCACCUUCUACCUGAUCUCAGGUCCAGUGCACUGCUCUGACGUGAUUGGUUAUGCUGGAGGUCACUUAUUAAUUGACUACAAACGCCAAAAUUAUAACAUGUCUACUGUGUAUUUUUGCAAAUUAAAACCACAAGAAGAGUGUGAAUAUUUGAUAUCAGUUCAGAGCAGAGGCUCAGCUCAUAAAGACAGAUUUAGUCUGUAUGACUCCGGUGAAUUUAUUACAGUGAUAUUCAGAAAUCUGAGUGUACAGGAUGCAGGAAUUUAUCUGGGUGAAGUGACGAAUGGGUGGAGUCACGACAUUAACCUGAAAGUGAACGCUGGUCCAUGCUGUAGCAGGACACAAUCAGUAACAGGUUAUCUGGGACAGACGGUGACGAUCAGCUGCUCCUAUCCAGUAGAGUUUGAAACAAACAUCAGGUCCGUCUACAAACUGGACAGUCGACCCGAACAUGAAGUGAUCCGCACCACAGGAACAGAACAGCAUCAGGACGGCAGAUUCUCCAUUUCUAGUGACAGGAGGAAUAAAGUGUUCAGUGUGAACAUCAGUGAUGUGAGAGAAGAUGAUGCAGGACUUUAUUCCUGUGCAGUUGGUAAUGAGGAGACUGAAGUCACUUAUCAGUCGCUCUUCACAGCAAUUCAGCUCCAGGUCACUGAUGUAACAACAGACCGAACAAAGAUUCCAGAUGUCUUAUCAGACACACCUGAACCUGGUUCCUCACUCAUCAUCAUCAUCACCACCACCAUCACUGUGUGUGUCUGUGUGAUUGUGCUGCUGAUGGGAGGAACUAUACUCAUCUACAAGUUGAGAAGCAACAGGACACAAGAUUCUGCUUCCAUACACCAGCAAACAGAAACAAAUAACAUGACUGCUGAUUAUGAAAAUGAUCCACCUCAGAUUCAGAACACCAUAAUGCAUCCGGUCUACCAAAGCCUAAAUCCCAACACCAACCAAUCAGAUUCAGACUACCAAAGCCUAAAUCCCAACACCAACCAAUCAGAUUCAGACUACCAAAGCCUAAAUCCCAACACCAACCAAUCAGAUUCAGUUUACCAAAGCCUAAAUCCCAACACCAACCAAUCAGAUUCAGUCUACCAGAGUUUAGACCCAAACACCAACCAAUCAGAUUCAGUCUACCAGAAUCUAGAUUCUAACACCAACCUAUCAGAUUCAGUCUACCAGACCCUAAACUCCAACACCAAUCAGAUUCAGUGUACCAGAGUCUAAACUCCAACACCAACUUAUCAGAUUCAGUCUAUCAGACCCUAAACUCCAACACCAAUCAUGUUCAGUCUGCCAGAGUGUAGACCCCAACACCAACCAAUCAGAUUUAAUUUACCAGAGCCUAACUCUCAAAACCAACAAAUCAGAUUAAGUUUAGCAGAGCCCAGAUACCUGUGCUGUCUAAGUGGGAGGUAUGGUGUUACCCCCUCCCCUGACAGAGUGACACUGACCAAUCAUGUGAAUCUUUUAGCUCCUGUGUGUAUAAGAACUGCUCAGCUGCCCUGUGAUGCACAGUUGCAUGAGCAGCAGCUGGAAAGGUACAGUGGCUUAACGUGUCUUGGUGGAAGCACAUGGUAGCCUUCACCGUUCAGGGUUGGUAGCUGUUGUGUGAUGGAGAAAAGCUAGCUAGUGCGGGGCGUUGGUAAAUGACCAGAGGGAGAAAAUCUACAAUAAAAAUUUCUUGUGUUCUAUGAAAUUGCCUCAGUUUUGGGCCUGAAAAUCACAACUCUGAUCUGUUAUUGGUUACAGGAACGAAUAGUCAAAUAUAAAGAUCCACUUCCAGAAUUUCCCAUAAACUACAGUACAGUAAAGCAGAUGUAUUGCCUUUACUCAUCUUCUGUCUUCUAAUGUCUCAGCAUAAAUGCAGACUGUGUACACAAUGCCCAGUUUAGACCUAGAAAAAUGUCAUGGUCUGUGAAUAAAUGUACAAGAAUCAUAGACUUUAACAGCUAAACGUCUUUGUAUAUAAAGGCCUCUGACUUAGAUGUGGUUUCUUUUUGUUGAAUUUCUUUUCUUUUUUUUUUCUUUGUUUAGCAUGCUUAUUGAAUUCUUAUAAAAAGAAAUGUGCAUGUUACAACCAAGUAGAAAUGUAUUUUGUAUUUAUUUUUUUUGUAAAUUUCUUUUCACCAUCUUUCAAAAUGUACUGCACUCUACUCUGUUUUUGUAAUGGAUUGUACUUUUUGUUUUUUAACUAAUUUGUUAACAUAAAAUCCAUGCCGUCUUUAAAUUAUUCAAAGAACAUUCUCCUUUUUUUUAAAUGAACUCUUACACACGGUUGUUAAAUUCAACCGAAGUCUUUUCCUUUCCUGCAUGUUUAUCGCAGCAGCAUCGUUUCUGUGUGGAGAGAGAAGUGGAAGUUUUAUGCUGUUGAAGUAAGAAUUCAUUACAUGUAAGUAAUGAAUUUUCAACAGCCACUGAGUAGAGCGAUGCUGUUCCUGUGGCUCAGUUACAAAUGGUGUUUAUUGGACAUAUAGCACACUCCAUAGAUUCUACUAUAGCAUUAUAUUAUAGGCUUCGUAAUGAAUAUGUGGUGACUUCUUCUCAGUCACGUGUGAGUAAGCCCAUUUAGUCCUGUGUGCUCUUUAACUAAACAAUUCAAUUUAAUUCAGUUUUUUUUUUUGUAUAUCACUUUUAACAGUGGACAUUGUCCCAAAUCAGCUUUACAGAAACAUAUACAUUCAAGAUAUAGAUUUUAAAUGUAUGAAUUUAUUCCUAAUGAGCAGUCAGAGGUGACGGUGGGGAGGAAAAACUCCCUGAAACGAUAUUAGGAAGAAACCUUGAGAGGAACCAGACUCAGAAGGAAACCCAUCAUCAUCUGGGUGACACCGGAUAGUGCGAUUAUAAAUAAAUACACCCCUUCUAUAAAUGUGCUGAUACUACACACUCAAAUAGUGCAGUUGUGUAAGCAGGAAAUUCAUUACAGUUUCUACAGGAAGUCUGUUGUGUUGAACUUCUCCACUGGUCACUGAUGGAGACUCGAGUGUAGAACUGUUUGUGGUGAUUGUAGUGCUAAAGCUAUCACAGCAUAACUGUUCAUAUGAACUUAGGUCCAAAGCAUCUUUAUGGAGUUUAAGUGGAAUCAUCUUCGGUAAUCUCAGUGAUCUUUAGUCUGCACCAUGUGGGACAUCCUCAGCAGCAGCAUGUGACCUCCAACUGAUGAGAACUCCAACCAGAAGUAGAACGUCAGGAUGGAUCAGGCAGGUCCGGAGAGCAGAAGGGGUCAGGAUCACUGGCAUCUCAGGGGUAUCAUGUGUAGCUCGACAGAAAGAGAGAGAGAGAG